AUGGAUAAUUUCACAGGUAGUGGUCCUGAAACCACGCACAUGUAUACAGAAUAUGUCACGCAACAUCACACCCCACGCCAGACUCUUUUUCUCUGUAUACUUUCAUACACUUUACACAUUCUUUUGCAAUGCUUGAACUAUAUUUGUACAUGGUCGACAGUAUGGAAACUCGCUUUCGUUGCUCUAGCGAUCGGAAAUCUCAAAAACUUGCCAUUGAUAUGGCAUUUACGUAUCGUCAACGCCUUCCGAUUUUGUCUUCGCUCACAGCGUCCAAAAGUCAAAUGUGGGCCAAACCAAAUUUUUCAGCCAAUAAUUACGGAGUCCCACGCUCCUUUAAUGGAAAUUGACUUCAAUCUUCAUAAAACCAACAGUUCUUAUUUUUCCGAUGUCGAUGUAGCUCGCACACACUUGUUCUGUACGCUAUUCUCGGAGGGAAUCGAGCAGAUGAGAGGUGGAACAGAAGCGAUUACAGGGUCGAAAGAGCCUACAUUUGGUAUUGCUUUGGGAGCAGUAAACUGCAACUUUAAAAAAGAACUCAAGCCAUACGAAUCAUAUGAGAUGUGGACAAGGGUCCUAUCAUGGGAUGAAAAAUGGAUAUGGCUUGUCACACAUUUUGUGCGAAAGGACUCUUCAAAACCGAAGUCAUACACCCUUUAUCCACAACAAAAAAUAGACAAUCGGGAGGAAAAGUGCAAGGACUUGGAUCCAAGAGCUGGAGUCGUGGCAUGCUCUCUUAGCAAAUGUGUUUUCAAACAAGGUCGCAAAACGAUCAGUCCCGAAUUCAUGUUGAGAGCUUCUGGUCUAUUGCCAGAUAACCUUCAGAAAGAAGACUUAGAUGUGCAAUCAGGCGGGGAUACAAAUUCAUUUGAUGCUGAAGAAUGGACACAUGCGAGGAUAGAAGAAGAGAGAUUAAGGGGAAAGAAGAUUGCAGACACUUUGUCUGCGGAAAGCCAGCAGGACCUGGAGCAAUCAUUUACAGGAGGAUCAGAAGCUCUGGGGAGACAUACUGAUGGUACGGGCAUAGUUGGUGUCGUCUCUACUCUUGCUCAACUGGCUGGUCUGAAGAGGGACCAAAUCCUGUAG